UUAGUUAUUUCAAAAACGAUUCUCCAAUCAGAUCGCUAUCGCUUUCGGCAGCGGACGUGAACAACGUGCGGCAAACAAAAAGUGUAAUAACAAAAUAAGCCAAAGUCGAAGCUCAGUAUACGCUUUAUCAUUGGUUUUGAACGAAAGUGAAAUAGACAAAUAAGAAUAUAAAAUGCAUGCACCGAUAAGUAGCAGCAGCAGCAGCACAACACCAACUCCAAGCGGUGCACAUAUACUGCCAACAACGCCAAGUCAAACAUUUCACCCGCUACUUGUACGCUUCUCCAGCAAAGAGUCAACACCACAACAAGGCAAAUUAGCUGAACUCUUUAGACAAAAAGUCGCCGCCAAAGAGUUCUUCUAUGGCAUUGAAUUGUCCGCACGUUCCUAUGGCAAACAGCCAACAGUUUUAGAUUAUGAUAAAUUUGGCGCGUUGUUACCGUUAUUUACCUCACUCGUUUGGCUGGGUCGGGAGUAUGCCAAUGUGGAGGAUGUAGCAGCCGUGGAAUCGGUGAGUUUGGGACGUCAAUUGUACGAGCAUGUAGUGGUCAUGCCACAUUUCACUUGUUAUCGUGCCGACUCCAAGCGACUCGACGAGUUUCUGACGCUCAACUUUAGUAAUGUGUUGGCGUUGCGUGGUGAUCAGGUUGCGCCGCAACAACAAUUUCCGCAUGCAAAAGAUUUAGUUCAAUAUAUACGCAGUAAACGAGGUGAUUCCAUAUCUAUAGGUGUUGGUGGCUAUCCGGAAGGACAUCCGGAGUCGAAAACCAUGGAAGAAGAUAUGCUGUAUCUCAAGGAAAAGGUGGAUGCCGGUGCCGAUUUCAUAAUAACGCAAAUUUGCUUUUCUCCAGAGGCAAUUAUAAGUUUUGUGCAGAAAUGUCGCGCCAAUGGCAUUACUGUACCCAUUAUUGUUGGUGUUAUUGUGCCGGAUAAUAUGCGCAUCUUGCAGUUUAUAACGAAUAUCAUACAGGUGGUGAUACCCGAAGAACAAUUGAGUAAAUACCAGGCAUUGGAGGAUAACCCAAAAGCACUGCAAGCCUAUGCGGUUGAGAAUGCGGUGAAAAUGGUUAAAUUGUUGUUGGAAAGCAAUUUGGACAUUUAUGGUUUCCAGUUCUUUACAAUGAACCGUUUGAAGAAUAUACGGCUCGUUGUUCAUGAAAUACAUGAAUACUUUAAUACGAAAAAUAUUUAAAAACCGGUAUGGAAUUUUAUAUGUAAUAGAAAAUUUUGAAAUAAGACUGCACU